CACGUGGCUACGUCAGUGGUUUUAUGCUUUACGUCACAUCGGCAAUAUUUCAGCCAUAUCGUGACGACCGGAGAAGAGGAAAUACUCGUACAUAUUUUCGGGCGUGCACUCCUUGUUUAAGCUUUGUCAUUAUUAGGUAAAUGACUAGAACACACGACGAACAUAUUUGGCUACUCUAAGACGUGUCAUCGGUCGAAGUUAUACAUAUCCGUCAAUCAUUUCCCCAUGUUUGUUUAUUUACCUGGGGCGUCAUGACAGCAAGCCAUGAAAUAACAACACGAGUUGUCUCCCUUGAUACGUCGCUGGCAGCUGAUCGAGGUGUAUCGUUUGCGUUCUCCUCGCUCUGUUAUGUUCUUCGCUGUGAAAUAACGACUCAAUUAUUUACAGGCCGCCGUUUGAUAGCUAGAAAAUUGCAGCGUGAGACAACAGAGAAGAAAAAUACACCAGUGCAGCAUGACGAUGUCAUUCAACCUUCUCUGUCACGAAAUGCUGAAGGAAUGGCUUGGGGAUACAUAUAAGUUCAAGAUUCUGUUUGAUAGUUCACUGUACCACAAUCAAAUCCAAGAGUUCCACAAGCGAUGUGACAAAAGUGAAUCCACUGUUACCGUGUUCUACACGAACGGCAACAGUGUUUUCGGUGGAUAUACACGACAGACAUGGCAACCCUCCUCCCCACCAGGACACAAGCGGGAUCCAAGAGCCUUUCUGUUUAAGCUGUACGAUAGAGCCACGUUCAAACCGAAAAAGUACCCGGUUGAUACCGCUCGCUGUGCUAUCUAUUGCCACAGCGAUUAUGGACCAACAUUUGGCGGUGGCAAUGUCGACGGAGCGAUGGAUAUUGUCACAACGGAGGUCUCUGAUGAUCUCAUCACAGUGCGAACAGCUAUAGGUCAAGCAUACAACAUUGGUAAACGCCAAAAUGAAAACUUUAUAGACGGUCAUGAUGCGGUGGUCAAGUUUGAAGUAUUUCUUGUGAUAGAUGAUGAUGAAUAUGUUGAAAAGGCAUGGCGAAAUGUCAGUCAAGUGGCAGUGGAGCCCAUUAAAAGAGAGUUAGAAGGUUUCGAGCCUCCAACUGAAGCUUUGGAGUACACAAAUAUACUCCUUGUGGGUCAGAUAGGAGCGGGCAAGUCAAGCUACCUCAACAGUGUUACCUCAGCCUUCAGAGGAUAUGUCACAAGCUCUGUUCCUACGGGCAGUGCAUUGCACAGUCUGACACAAAAGAAUGAAGAACACAAGAUCUUUACCUGGCCUGGACGGAGGCCUCUCAAGUUCCGAUUUUGGGACACACGAGGAUUUGAACAAGGGAUGGGACAGAAUAUGGUUUAUGCCAUCCAACACAUCAUAGGCGGAAGUCCACCGGGAUACAUGAGCAUGCUGGCUACAAUGAUGAGAAACCUGUGGAAUAAGCAGCCAAUACGCCAGCAGACCCUGAGCGAGGAGGACCUGCUUCAGCAGAAGGUUCACUGCGUAGCCUUUGUGAUAGAUGGCUCAGUGAUCGAUGGUCUACCGCGAGAGGUAAAGGAAGCGUUUGACCAAAUAAAGAAAACUGCCAACGGAUAUGGUAUUCCACAGACAGUGCUGUUGAGUAAGAUCGACAAGGUGUGCCGGAUGGUGGACGGUAAUCUGUCGCUGACGUUCCACAGCACCCAAAUACGGGACUUGGUGGACCAAACUGCCGCACUCAUCGGGCUGCCUCGGUCUCACAUAUUCCCUGUCAAGAACUACGAGCAGGAGAGUGAACUGGAUGAAAAUGUAGAUCGACUUACUCUACUCAGCCUCAGGCAGAUGUUGCGAUUUACAGACGACUUUCUUAUUCAACAGUUGCAAUAGUGUGUAGCGCUGUGUUUGAAAACGCAUAUUCGAAAUAUUUGGCACAAUGGCCACAAAAAUGAAAUUAAGUUCUGGCUUGAGAUUAUCAGACAUAACAAUGUCGUCGUACUGGUUUGAAUCUCACAGGAUGUGUUUGAAGUUGUACUUGAGCACAAAACACAUCUUUUCUGAUUUCGAGUUAAAGUGGAUUAUGCGUUGUCAUUUUAUGUAUUUACGAAACUCGUUCCAGUUUGUCAUAGUUUUAAUUCGCUUUUAUUUUAGUAGAUUCAGCACAUCUACACCAUUAGAGCUGAUAAAAUUGUUUUUGACAUCAUUUUGUUACUGACGGUAUGGGUAUGCACUAAAUAAUAUUGGAUCUGUACAAUAGCCCAGACGAUCGUGACAAACAAUUACAAGUGUAAACAAGGUUUCUAUUACGUGUACGUUUAGUUGUACAUAUGUUGUAUAAUUAACAUAACUAUUUCAUAUUCUUGUGUAAAUCAUUCAAUUGUAGCGGGAAAGUAACAGAAUAGAAUAAGAAUAAUAUGUUGUAAAAUUGUUACAGUUUUGUGCAUUAAAAAAAGGUUUUCUUGUU